GGUUCGUGCUCUGCACCGAGGACCCUCCCAGCGGCAGGUCCUCACUGGUGGCCGAGGUCUUCAACAAUUCGCUGUAUGUCUUCGGCGGCUACAACGGGAGCAUCGUAUUGAACGAUUUCUACGAGUUCCGUUUCGAGCCCGUGUCCAUCCCGCCGAGCAAUCUGGUAGACGACUUGCGAAAGCUCAUCAACAAUCCCGCCUUCUCUGACGUCACCUUCUUGAUCGAGAACCAGCCGGUGUAUGCCACCCGUGCGCACCUCGCGGCCCGGUCGGAGCACUUCCGGGCGCUGUUCUACGGCGGGAUGAGAGAGUCUGGCGCCGAUGAGCAGAUCGUGCUGCCCGAGGUGGCGCAUCCCGUGUUCUUGCUCCUCCUAGAGUAUAUCUACACGGACCAGGUUGGAGACAUCUCCAGCGACUUGGCGGUUCACCUCCUCAUCGCCGCCGAGAGGUUCCUUCUGGAUCGCCUCAAGGCGUUGUGCGAGGACAUCAUCAGGAAGUCGAUCUCCAUAGACAACGUCGUGCAGAUCAUGAUGACGGCCAAGUCUCACCGUGCCGACGGCCUGAAAGACAUUUGUAUGGACUUCAUCAUCACCAAUGAGG